AUGGCCGGCUCCACUGAACCAAUUACCUCGACGCAGUCUUCAGACACCUUGGUGGCGGCUGCAAGGACGCCAAACGAUGCACCCAAACACAACGAGGAACGGGACGACAAGAAUUCCUCACGAUCUACUGGUGGAGGAGCGACAGAAGCUGAACAAAGCCAGACUGACUCUCGAAAGCCCCCAGACUGGGAUGGUAUCCUGCUCACCAAUGACGAGCCCCCUUCAGGAGAAACGCUCCAAGACAUUCGUGACUACAUUGUACUCGACGAAUUUGGGGGAAAACAUCAUUUUCACACUCUUUACGAAGGUGAAGGAAUCACCCAAAGAGUUCUCGCCAUUUUUGUGCGCCAUUUCUACUGUGGUGCUUGUAUGGACUAUUUGAAAUAUCUUUCGAAUGCCUUGGACAUCAUCAAAUUAGAGGACUUAAGGCCCAAAGUAUCUAUCGUUGUCGUCGGCUGCGGCGACCCAAGACUCAUUGAUGGGUACAGGUGUACCACCUACUGGCAGUUUCCCAUCUAUACAGACCCAAGUGGUGUGCUUUUUGAUCGUCUUGGAAUGAAGAAAACACUCUUACUUGGGCCGAAACCAGAGUAUAUCACGAGAAGCCUGGUUGUGCUGCUCGCGGACGGCGUCCGACUAGCAGCCAAGGACCUGUCGUCUGGACUGGCCUUCAAAUCAGGCAACUUGUUCCAAUCUGGCGGAGAGUUUCUGUUUGACAUUGAUAACUCCGGGGGGUCAUUGGCGGAAAAGGAGAUCCGGGAGAAGGACAGUGAUGAAGAAAAUGAGGCUGGCGGAGCCACAGGACAACGCAAGUGUGUGACGUGGUGCCAUCGCAUGAGAACGGUUCGGGAUCACAGUGAGGCCCGAGAAAUAAUGUAUCAGAUGCAGAAGGGACCAUGA